UCUGGAAGUUUGAUCAAUGGAUUCCUCAGAUCAAAAGUACUUGCCAUGAGCGUCAUGUCAGCGGAAACAGUUUACGACUAUAUAGAUGUCUUUAAAAAGCAAUUCUAUCGCUUGACAACAGUGCAGAAAGAAGCCUUUAUGGAGCUGGUCAGAAAAAAGAUUGGUGAUAUUAUGCCGAGAGACGAGGAUGAAGUCAUUGCUCUAGGUCCCUUUGUCAUGUACUUGAAAGACGAGGAAAUCAAGAACCUGACCCCAGAGGCUGCCCAAGAAGCUGUCUUGCAAUUAAUCAGUAGUCGCUUGGAAGAGAUUCCAAAAAGCGUUAAGUCGACACUACUGAAGAAACUGAUGCAGCUUAAGGGUAAGGCACGUGCCUUGGGCCGCGACAUGGCAUUGCGUGACUUGACAGACGACGACGUGCGUGAGUGUGCAGCUGUCAUGGUCGACAUCAAGCCUGAUGAGAUCGACCAAUUACCUGAGCAGUAUAUCAAAGGCAUUGUGGAGGCGAUGGCUGAGUUGGCGCACAAACUUUCCGCCCAACAGAAGCAGCGAUUGCUCCAAAGAUACAAGCAGGCCAUUAGGGGCGAUGGCGAUCUCCAGGAUGCUUUUACACGCUUGACAAAAGACGAUGUUGACACUCUUGGAGGGAUACUAGAGGCUGCGUCCGUUGCUGAUCUUCAAAAAAUUCCAAAUCAAAUUGUCAAAGGCUUGUCGGAUGUGUUUGGGCAAAUGCAAUUUGACAAAGAGAAGGCAGGGGUCAUUUGGAGCAAAAUGGAGAGCGCGUCAAGACGGAAAAAGCGAAAUGCGGACAUGUCCUCCAGGAGUGGCGCAGACUUGAUCGCUAUGGGAAGUAUGCUGGUGGCGUUGAGCAAAGAAGAAAUAGCCACCGUAUCGACUGCGGCUUUUGACGAGGCCGCUGGUGUGAUUGGAGCCCAAAAAGGAUUCAGCGCCGAACAACUCACAUCCUGGGCGGCUAAAGCAAAGCAGGCGUGGAAUAGCCCGUCCAGUUUCACCGCUGAACAGCUUGGCAGACUUGGCAUCAUGGUGGCGGGAUUCACCCCGGAAGAACUGGGAACCAUGCUGCUUAGAGCCAAUGACGUCGUCGAGAGCUUAGGGUCCCUGAGGCUGGAGGGAAGUAACGGCGAGCCUGGUUACACAGCCAGCCACCUUUCGAAAGCACUUGCGCAGGUCGUCAAGCUUAAGGGAAAGGCCAUCAGUGCCUUCGAAGGAGAUGACCUCAUUGCGCUGAAGAACUUCUCCCUGGGAAUGACGCCAUCUGAUAUAGAGUCCAUCAGCACCGCCGCAUUUGGAUCUGCUGGUGGAUCCCUUGGCGAUAUCUCAGGAUGGUCAGCGGACCAUCAGCGCGCACUCAAGUCGCGAUUUGUGGCUGUUUAUGGAUCAGUAGACACCUGGACGACAGCAGAGGUCAGGGACACUGGUGCGGCCAUCGGUGGGUUGACGGCAAGCGAGUUACAGGCUCUGUCUGCCGACCACGUGUCGAUGAUAAAGCCAACAGCCAUUGCUGAAAUGCCCGCCAAUCUUUUCAAGGAAUUCAGCACGGAGCAACUCACGGCCCUUGACUCAAGCCAAGCGGAUUUUGUAACCAUGGCCCAAAUGGAUGCUCUGCCCGCAGACAAGAAAGGUAUCCUGAACAAGAAGAAAGGAAGUGUCAACACUCCAGGGUCGGGUGCAAUGAUAUCGACUGCACCUCAGUCGGUGGUCGCGCUGGUACUGGCGUAUUUUAGUGCUGUUUACGCGGCAUAGAAUGUAAAACGAAGAGCAAGCAGUCAUGGAUACCCUCAUUACUGUCAAAACGAUUGGCGACAGGCUCAACAGAAUGGUCUGUGCUGCUCUUGUUAUAUGGUACAUGUCAGACCUCGACAGCCAAGAGCUGACAACCAUAUCAUUUCAGAGCUACAGUAGUAGAAGGACAUGUUCAGUUUUGAUGAAGACCACUCUUGAAUAGUUCACAGGCAGCUUUUGGGAACAAAUUGAGACAC